UUUCUUUUCUUCAUAAGGAUUAUGGUCUAUUAGAUAUGAAAAAUUAUAAAUGAUACUGUGUAAAUUUAGGAAAAUAUGCUGUCUCAUAUCACUAGAGCUAUCACUAACUCUAACUGUUGCAUUAGGUGUGCGACGGCUGCUUGUGAAUUUGAUCCACUCAAUUUGAUUUGGACAAGAUCCACCGCCGCCGCGCGCGGUCCCCACCUAGCUGGAAUGGAAAUGGAAUGGCUGCUCUUCUCCUUCCUCCCGCCGUUGCGCCCCUAAUGCUGCAAUGCCGCCGCGCCCGCUGUCACAAGCCACCGCCGCCGCCCCCUCCGUCAUCACCCGGCACCCUCGCCCUCACCCGCGCCCCGCCUCCGCCUCCACCCUCCCCGCUUACCUCGCGCUCAUCCGCGACCUCGCCUCCGCCGGUCGCUUCGACGCCCUCGACGCCGCCCUCGCCUCCGCUCGCUCCCGCCUAGCUCCUGCCUCCAUCCAACCGCUCUACGUCGCCUCCAUCCGCGCCUACGCCCGCGCCGGCCGCCUCCGCGCCGCUGUCGACGCCUUCGAGCGCAUGGACCUCUUCUCCUGCCCGCCCGCCACCCCCGCCUACAACGCCAUCAUGGACGCCCUCGUCGACGCCGCCUACCACGACCAGGCACACAAGGUCUACGUCAGGAUGCUCUCCGCCGGCGUCGCCCCCGACGCCCGCACCCACACCAUCCGCCUCAAGUCCUUCUGCCUCACCGGCCGCCCCCACGUCGCAUUGCGCCUGCUGCGCACAUUGCCGGAGCGCGGCUGUGACGCCAGAGCGGUCGCCUACUCCACGGUCGUCUGUGGCUACUAUGCCCAUGGGCACAACCACGAUGCACGGAACCUGUUCGAUGAAAUGCUUGACAGGCACGUCUUCCCUGACGUUGCCACUUUCAACAAGGUUUUGCACGCCCUUUGCCAGAAAGGGGAUAUCAUGGAGUCCAGCACACUUCUAGCCAAGGUCCUCAAGCGGGGGAUGUCGGUGAACAAGUUUACCUACAAUAUAUGGAUCCGGGGCCUCUGCGAAGGCGGCAGGUUGGGCGAGGCUGUUGUGCUCGUGGAAGAGAUGGACACCUACAUUGUGCCAGAUGUUGUAACUUACAACACAUUGAUGCGCGGCCUUUGUAAGGAGUCCAAGGUUCAGGAAGCUGCACUGUAUCUUGGCAGGAUGAUGAACCGAGGUUGCAUGCCAGAUGAUUUCACCUACAACACCAUCAUCGAUGGCUACUGCAAGAUGGGAAUGGUGCAAGAAGCUACUGAGCUUCUCAAAGAUGCCGUCUUUAAAGGUUUUGUGCCUGACCGGGUCACAUAUUGCUCACUUAUCAAUGGGUUGUGUGCUGAGGGUGACAUUGAGAGGGCCCUGGAACUGUUUAAUGAGGCACAAGCAAAAGAGCUGAGGCCUGAUCUUGUCGUGUACAACUCUCUUAUUAAGGGGCUCUGUCGUCAAGGGUUGAUCUUGCACGCCUUGCAGGUCAUGAAUGAGAUGGCCGAGGAUGGUUGCCAUCCUGACAUUUGGACAUACAAUAUUGUCAUCAAUGGCCUCUGCAAGAUGGGGAAUAUUUUAGACGCGACAGUUGUGAUGAAUGAUGCCAUUGUGAAAGGAUACCUUCCAGAUGUAUUUACCUUCAACACAUUGAUUGAUGGGCACUGCAAGAGAUUGAAGCUGCACAGUGCACUUCAGCUUGUUGAAAGGAUGUGGACAUAUGGCAUCACCCCAGAUGCUAUUACGUACAACUCGGUUCUAAAUGGUCUCUGCAAAGCUGGGAAGGACAAGGAAGUCAACGAAACAUUCGAAGAGAUGAUCCUUAAAGGAUGCCGACCAAAUGCUAUUACAUACAACAUACUGAUAGAGAAUUUUUGCAAGAUCAAUAAACUGGAGGAGGCUUCUGGGGUGAUAGUGAGGAUGAAUCAACAAGGAUUAGUUCCUGAUGCAGUUAGUUUCAACACACUGAUUCAUGGAUUCUGUAGGAAUGAUGAUCUUGAUGGAGCGUACCUACUGUUUCAGAAGUUGGAUGAGAAAGGGUACUCUGUAACAGCUGACACUUUCAAUAUCCUGAUUGGUGCAUAUUCAAGUAAGCUGAAGAUGCAAAUGGCUGAAAAGAUUUUUGAUGAAAUGGUCAGCAAGGGCUAUACACCUGAUUCAUAUACUUAUCGUGUUCUAAUUGAUGGGUCAUGUAAGGCCGCUAAUGUUGACCGUGCGUAUGUGCUUCUGGUAGAAAUGAUAAACAAGGGUUUUGUUCCAUCCAUGUCAACUUUUGGCCGUGUGAUAAAUUCACUUGCAGUGAACCAUCGGAUUUCUGAAGCUGUUGUUGUUGUUCACACCAUGGUGAGAAUUGGAGUAGUUCCUGAGGUUGUUGAUACCAUCUUGAGUGCUGACAAGAAGGAGAUAGCUGCACCGAAGAUACUUGUUGAGGACUUGAUGAAGAAGGGACACAUUAGUUACCCUACUUAUGAAGUUCUGCAUGAAGGAGUGAGAGAUAACAAAUUAACUAGAAAAGCUCGAAAGAUAAAAUGUCUAAUAUGGUUAAUUCGGAACAUCAGUGAUUAAUGAACUCAUUAAGUCAAUACAGCUUUGAUGUAUCCAAGCAUAAGAUGUGCUUAUGCUAGUAGUUGAGUUGUCCAGAUUCCUGUACGCAGCUGUAUGUUGUUACUUCAGGGCUUCUGUGCUCAGAAUAUGGAGACCAUCUGUCCCUAAAUGCAGGAACACAAAAGGUCUGCGGUACUUCUAUAUACGUUUUGAAGGCCUGUGGCACUCAAGGUACUGCAGCAUUUAAAAUUGAUGUUGGGAGGUGCCCAUUAUUCAUAUGAGAUGUUGGUGAAUUAACCUGGCAAUGCAGGCUGCUGUGUUCAUCCGACUACGAGCUUGUGACAAGAUUCUGAACAACCUCCUGCCUGUUGUUGUUGGUGCUUACAUAUGUUUUUACAAGUAUUAUUUCAGAGACAGAAGGACUGAGCUUGGGAAGGAGAUUGAGCUAAGAUCGUGAAGUAAAUUGCCAAGACUCUACUGCAGCCAAGGAAGCAUCGGUAUUCUCUAUUCUCUACCUGGCUGUCGCAGGAUCAAGUGAUACAUCUCAGUGUAAAGUUGUUCCAUUGGUUUGCUUUGUGUAAUCAGUAUCUUUCUAGAAACAUUUUUAACUCUGUUAGUCAUAAUAACACUUGUUUGUGCCUGUAAUAUUGUUGUACAUGGAUUCUAGGAUGACUUGUAUUUGCAAAUAGAGGGAGCAGUAUGUGUUUCCAACCUACCUGUUGACAUUUUUGGCCUGUUUGAGAAGGCAUUCAGAGUUGCCCAGAUUCUAAUUAGAUACAGACAAAUAAUAUAUAUAUGCAAAAGCUUUCAGCA